GUUAGUCCAUGUUACCCAUUUUUAGCAGCUGCUGAAAGUUUAUGACAGUGUGCAUCUAAGGAGAUUAUUGCCCGUCGGUCGGCGGUUGAAAUUUGGUUGAGUAGAUGGAGAGCAGCAAGAAGAAAGGCUACACGUGGGCAAUUUCUGCUGGAGUCAACGCUGCUUUGGCUGCCAUUUCUGCCAAAUUCUUCUCAUCUCAGCUUAAAUACGGCGUGGUUAUAAUUUUCAAUGUUAUAAUGUGGGGAUGUUAUGUUAAUAGCAUGAAGGCUCUUUCAUCUUUACAAGCUACAGUGACAAACUUUGCUACCAACUUCCUCUUUUCUGGACUGGCUGGAUUCUUUCUCUUUGAGGAGGCACUACCUGCCAAGUGGUUUGUAGGUGCCAUGCUUAUUGUAAUUGGUGUAAUUAUUCUAAGCAAGUCGAGUAUGGAGAAGAAAACGCAUAUGAGUUAAGACGUUUCUGGGCAGUUCUACAUCUAUUUGCACCUUCAAUUGUGGUUAAUUGUUCAUUCUGUUUCCAUAGAAUGUAGACCAUCAAAAUUCUAUUGUGAUGGAGUCAACACUGCUUGCUUGAUCGGCACAAAAGAUUUCAGCUGAUAAGAGUACUUUCAAUGGAUUUGUCUUUGUACAUUGUGCAAAUUUUUGUAGACCGGAGAAGAUCAUGUCUGAUAUUGCGAUGAUCUGAUCUUUCUUUUCAGAUGCUUUUAUAUAUAAAUGAAAAACCACUUGUUAUAUGUGAAGACUGAUGGUUAUUCACUAUUUUUGUCAGUUGAAACAAGAUUUGAACAAAAACUUCCUACGUUUGUUUAUCGCCAAAUGCAAUUCGGAAAUAUGAAAUUUAAGGC